AGCUUUAAUGUUUGCCAUGCUGUGUGUCUGAAUGAAGUCUGUUUAAUGUGUUUUCUAAUCUUUUGUAACUGUGGACCGUCAUUUGUGGGCAACUUGCGAUGUCUUUAAUAAGAACUAUUCUGAAAUUGGUGGUAGUUGUUGGUUUUCUGUCGCUGACCGUUCAGUUUAUAAGACAUUGGAUGGCAAAUAAACAAUAUGUCUUUACGAAAGAAGAGGUUGCCAAGUUAGCCAAACAGUAUGCGGGUCAGGAUCAUGAGCAGGCCUUCUCUAAGGUGGUUGUGGAGCUGCGCAGGAGGUACCCAGGUCACAUCCUUCCUGACGAGGACCUGCAGUGGGUGUUUGUAAAUGCGGGUGGCUGGAUGGGCUCCAUGUGUCUCCUGCACGCCUCGCUCACUGAGUAUGUGCUGCUGUUCGGGACAGCGGUGGACACCGGUGGACAUUCAGGUCGUUACUGGGCAGAAAUAUCAGACACUAUAAUUUCCGGCACGUUCAGGCAAUGGAAAGAGGGGACGACUAAAAGCGAGACUUACUAUCCAGGAGACACUAUCGUUCACUCUGCGGGUGAAGCCACAUCAGUGCAGUGGAGCUCGGGCACGUGGAUGGUGGAGUACGGUCGAGGCUUCAUUCCCUCCACCCUGGGAUUCGCUCUGGCCGACACCAUCUUUAGCACACAGGACUUCCUGACGCUGUUUUAUACAGCACGUGUUUACGUUAAAGGCAUGAUUCUGGAAGCAAGCACUUUCCUGACUGAGAGCGGCGUCCUUUGAAAACACUAAACUCCACGUCACGUCCGGUCAGUAUUCGGUUAAGUUGACCUCAGAGGUUUGGAGAACCAGCUGAUGUAAUUACUUUUCCAAUUCUGAAAGUUUUAUUGUCCUGUCGUAAAGGGUUUUUUCUUAAGCAUAUUGAAAAUGUGUUUAAUGUCGGUGUUUGAACAUGGCAGGAUGUUUUAGCAGCUCAAUACUGUCCUGAAAUAAUUCUAACGAGGUAUGGGGGGAAAAACAAAAGCUAGUUUUGUGUAUUUCGAGAUCACAAUCUUUGCACCUUUAAUAUAAUGUGAAUAUUAAUUGUUGCUUUAUUUUUCAUAAAGAUACAUGUACUGUUUAAAACUGAUGUCUGUAUGUUCAGCUUGAAUAAAACCAUCAAUUACUGUU